AUUUUACAGAAAUAUCACGAACCGCCACGUAUUGAGCAUACGUUAUGUAUUUAUGAGAAAAUAUAUAAACACAUUUAAAUAUCAACGUCGAUUUGUACUAAAAUGAAUUAUAAACCUUUGGAUUAUUGUAAAGCAGUUCAAUUGGGAGAAGAAUCCAUUUUUAAGGAAGUUAAUGCACCUCUUAAAAAAUUAUUAUUUUAUAAAAAAGAAAAAGAUAAUAUUACAAUUUAUAAGUCAGCGACAUCUCCAGGCAAAUCUUAUGGAUCAAUAUAUGAAUUUUUAACAUCUUGUUUACGCGAGGUCUUAUUGCCUAGUGGAUGGCCUUAUAGUGUAAGUGAUGAUUAUAUAAGUUAUCAAAUAUGGGAUUCAGCUCAGGCAUUUUGCAGUGGUAUAACAUCGAUUUUAUCAACUCGUGCCAUUCUAAUUGGCGUUGGCGUUGGUCGCAGUGAAUCAAAACCUUUAUCCGCUACUAUAACAUGGGUAUUAAAAGAUGGGACAGGAAUGUGUGGAAAGAUUAUAUUUGCAUGGUUAAAAGGAAAAAGUCUUGAUACUGAUUGUAAAAAAUGGAGAUUGUUUGCAGAUAUCUUAAAUGAUUCGGCAAUGGCAUUAGAAUUAGUUAUUCCAAUGUUUGUUGAUUAUUCUACAGAAUUGUUAUGUUUUUCAUCAUCGAUGAAAGCUAUUGUGGGAGUAGCUGGUGGAGCUACACGGGCUUCGAUAACACAACAUCAAGCUAUUAGAGACAAUACUGGUGAUGUAUCUGCGAAAGAUGGUAGCCAAGAAACAUUUGUUAAUUUAUGUGCUUCUGUAUUUGGUGUUAUUUUAUUAACUUUUUUCGAUGAAGGAUCAUAUGAUUGGACAUUGUUCGCAAUAUUUUGUAUAUUACAUUUGUAUUGUAAUUAUAAAGCAGUGAAGUCAUUGCAUAUGAGAACUUUAAAUGAAGAACGUUAUACAAUUUUACUAAAACAUUAUUUUUCUACAAAUAAAAUUCUUGAAACUGAAAAAACAAAUAAAAAUGAAUCUGUAUUCUUAGGAAUAGGUUUCUCUGCUCGUAAUUUAUGUAACUUUCGUAUUAGACUUGGAUGUUCCUUAAAUGAGGUUUGCUUAAAAAUAUCACCAAAUUCAUUAGAACGUAUUGUGAAUAUAUUCGAAAAUUGCAAUUAUAUUUUAAUUUUACAUACAAAGAGUCGAACUAUAUGCAUUUUGCUCAAAACAAACGAAACAGCUGAUACCGUUUUAUCAGCGUACUUUGCAGCCGUUUAUUAUGGACUUGCUUUAUCAUAUUAUAAUAGAUUACCAUGGGAAAAAUUAAGUAAUUACGAUACGACUGAAAGUCCGUUAAUAACAAUUAGAAAUUCAAUUGAUAGAACCCAAAACUUGAGUAAAAAGAUAGUUGAUUUAGAAAUAGAAGAUAAGAAAAAUGUUUUAAAAUUAGCUAGAGAUCAAUUUUACAAAUUUCGAGAGAUUGCUAUUAGAGCUGGUUGGAAUAUGAAUACGCAUCAAUUACAACUAGAAGAAUGGCGAUAUCAAAAAUAAUUUAAAAAAUUUCAUUUCAUUAGAUUUUUUUUUUAUACAAAGAAUUAUUACUUUACAAAUUGAAUAAACAAUAAAUUAUAAUUUUUAAGUGGAAGUCGUAAUAUCAGACUCUUUACCACCUGUUUGUGAUAAAUG